AUGUCGAUGUGGUGUAGAUUUACGACACAAAAGCUCGCCGCGCUGCGGCGUCGGUAUCGUACUACGUACGAUACCCCGAGGCCGCUGCUGCUGGCGAGCGUUCUAAAACUAGUACACACCCAUUGGGCGAAAGGGAAUCCGGUUCCUAUUCCGGAACCUGGCAGCGGAACCGUCAAUAAGUCGGGCCCUCGCAAGAGAGUUCGUCGGGGUAACCCAAAAGGACCCGGAGACGCCGUCGGGAGAUCCGGGAAGAGUUUUCUUUUCUGCAUGAGCGUUCGAGUUCCAUGGAAUCCUCUAGCAGGGAGAUAUGGUUUGGAACGCGAAGAGCACCGCAGUUGCCGCGGUGUCCGGAUCUUCCCCUCGGACCUUGAAAAUCCGGGAGAGGGCCACGUGGAGGCGUCGCGCCAGUUCGUACCCAUAUCCGCAGCAGGGAAUCCGGUUCCUAUUCCGGAACCUGGCAGCGGAACCGUCAAUAAGUCGGGCCCUCGCAAGAGAGUUCGUCGGGGUAACCCAAAAGGACCCGGAGACGCCGUCGGGAGAUCCGGGAAGAGUUUUCUUUUCUGCAUGAGCGUUCGAGUUCCAUGGAAUCCUCUAGCAGGGAGAUAUGGUUUGGAACGCGAAGAGCACCGCAGUUGCCGCGGUGUCCGGAUCUUCCCCUCGGACCUUGAAAAUCCGGGAGAGGGCCACGUGGAGGCGUCGCGCCAGUUCGUACCCAUAUCCGCAGCAGGUCUCCAAGGUGAAGAGCCUCUAGUCGAUAGAAUAAUGUAG